ACCUUAUCUGUUCCAUUCUCACCAACUAUGGCUUCUAGCAACAAGUACGCAUCAGCCCAUCAGCCUUCCCACGGUCCAGGUGACGCUCGUCCCACAGCGUUACAGAUCAUCCAGGAUGAGGGUCUGGAAGGACAGUUCCCUGACAAAGUGAUCCUUGUCACGGGUGCCUCUACCGGCUUAGGUAUCGAGACAUAGAUAGUAGAUAUAGAACAGAAUUCGUCUACUAUAUGUCUGGUAGGUUUGAAAAAAGUACGCAAUAUUGUAUGUUAUAUGUAGAGACAGUUCAUUGAUUUGUUGCACUAUGACUGUCACCAAUCAUAUUCAGAGUAGAGAUCUACUAGGUGAUACGGUCUUUUUUUUAACGACUUGAAAAGUUGUAACACU